GAACUCUCUGUUAAAAGAUAUAUUUCAAUUACAAAUGACUGACUCCAAGAAAAAGACCGUCGAAUCCGCCACCACCAACGGCACAGCUCCAAGCUCGUCCGCAUCCCUAAAAAAGGACACUCCUAAGAAAGACCUCAAAGACAAAGACCCCAAAUCUAUCGCAAACAUCCCGACUUUUGUGCCUGCAUCAUUAGUUCCAGUCCAACCUGCCCCCUUGAGCUCCAAGGACAAAUCCACAAAAAGAAUGAUAGUGGUAUUAUCACACGCUUGCUUGGAAACACACAAAGUGAGCUCUGGAGGUGCUGGUGGUGAUAAGUUUGCGUUGUUGAACUGCGAUGACCAUCAAGGAUUAUUGAAAAAAAUGGGAAGAGAUAUAGCUGAAGCCAGACCAGAUAUAACCCAUCAGUGUUUAUUGACGUUAUUGGACUCGCCUAUAAACAAAGCUGGUAAGUUGCAGGUUUACAUUCAAACUGCUAGAGGAGUGCUAAUCGAGGUGAAUCCAUCGGUGAGAAUCCCAAGAACUUUCAAAAGAUUCAGUGGGUUAAUGGUACAACUCUUACACAAAUUGAGUAUCAGAUCCGUCAACUCAGAAGAGAAGUUGUUGAAGGUGAUCAAGAACCCUAUUACUGAUCACUUGCCAACCAAGUGCAGAAAAGUCACUUUAUCUUUCGAUGCUAAAGUGGUGAGAGUGCAAGAUUAUGUGAGCACAUUGGAUGACGAUGAAAGUAUUUGUGUGUUUGUGGGUGCUAUGGCCAGAGGGAAAGAUAGUUUCGCCGACGAGUUUGUAGACGAGAAGAUCGGGAUCUCCGACUACCCAUUAUCUGCUUCUGUUGCAUGUUCGAAGUUCUGUCACGGUAGUGAAGACGUAUGGGGCAUUUACUAAUUGCAUCCACCGAAGCCUGUUUAUAUUGUUAAUAACGACUUGUAACAAUUCUUUUAUAUUAGUGCAUCACACUUCUAGUUCCUAUUAAACGUUUAAAUAAUUAUACAAAAUAUUAUGAACAGUCCAUGUCCAUAAAGGUUCAUGAGUCCAUAAAGGUUCAUGAGUCCAUAAAGGUUCAUGAGUCCAUAAAGGUUCAUGAGUCCAUAAAGGUUCAUGAGUCCAUAAAGGUUCAUGAGUCCAUAACACCCUCUUUGAGUAACACCUUUUCGAUCUCCUUGAACAAAGUAUUAGAAGUCACCCUUGAACCCUUCACUCUCGCACACACAAUCUCGGACUUCUGGUUGAAUUCCCUUGUGUUGAUUUUGAUUCUGAACUUACAACUCUUCAAGUUGAAAGCGUUGUGCUUGGAGAUUCCUCCACUGAUGAUGUAGGCAUAAUGAUCAUUCUUCAAGUUCUUCAAUCCGAAGUUCGACCAACUGUUCAACAAAGCAAACAACGCCUGUGACAUUUCUUGCUUUGGCAAGAUGGUAUUGAAUCUCUUGAUUUCAGCUUCGGUGCCUUCAUCAGAAGAUGACGAUGAGAACCAUUUGAAGAAAGAGUUUGAUCUUUGAGCAGGUUUCUUUUCUUCAAACGAAUCAGCUGGAGAUGGCAAUUGGGGGUUGGUUACAUCAUCAAAAGUCUUUCUGGUGCCCCAAGACAACUUUCUGAAGAUUGACUUAUUCUUUUUCUGAUCUGGCUUAUUGGUGGUGUCUUCCAACGGUUUGGACUUGGAAAAGUCACCAGGAUAAGUCAGUUUCUUGGUGGUGUUGACAGGCUUGGUGGAUGCAUAAGGUCUUGGUUUUUCAACCGCCUUGGUGGCAUGGUUAUCAAAGUUUGGAAUUAACAUUGACUCAGCACUAGGUAACAUUGACUUGGUCUUCUGUCUUGGUUGUGGCUGUUUUCCACCAUUGGUAUGUCUCUUUUCGCCAUUGGUUGGUGGUAAUUUGAUAUUAUCAAACACCUUGUCAUCUGCCUGGCCAUCGAAUUCAUCGUUCUCGUUCUCAUCGUCGUAGUCAUCGUCACGAUCCAAUAAACCGCCAUAAUAAUCGUCCAGAUCAUCCUUCUGCUUGCUUCUUCUCCUAUCAGCCUUGGUAGAAAACGUCUCAUCGGGGUAGUCGGUGUCAGGCUUGUUAGACUUGGGCUUGUGGUUGGCAGGAGGUAAGUUUGGUAACUGAGAUAACGGUCUGUUGCUUUGAGCUUUGGAGUAUCUCUUGAC